GCACAACUGCUCAAGGCUGGAUUUAUCUGCUCUUUUUUCAUAGCAUCCAUCACGGGAUAUCUGGGGAUGGAGAAAGCCUCCAAAUUCUCGUACAAACUGGACGAAUUUUGCCUGUGAGCUGGUAAUCUUUGAAGGGUGAAAAAGAGGACUCCAUAUUUAAACAUGACGGAGAAAUCGUACUGCAAAUUGCCGAUGGAUGGUGGAAAAGAUGAGGCUGGAAUGGACAACAACACUAGGCAGAUGGAUGCCGCUAUGCUACGGCAGCAGAAACCGGCUGUCGCCGCCUCGACGAAGAUUACGGACAAAGAAAAAUGGCGAUUUUGUUUGAGAAAACUGCGCCGACCGGGCUGGAAAUGGGUGGUACUCAUCGGUGCAUUUGUAAUCAGAGGGACACUGAAUGGAUUCUUGAGUAAUUACACCACACUUUCUGUUAAAUUGCGAGAGUCGUUUGGAUCCAGUGAAGAACUAACAGGCUGGGUAGGUUCUGUGCUUCUGACUCUACGGUCCAUCGCCUCGCCGCUCUCCACUGUCGUCGUGGUCAAGAUCGGCUACCGUACAACCAUCUUCCUCGGAAUCCUCACCUGUUCAUGUUCCCUAAUGAUCUCCUCUUUCAUCCAGGAUCUAAGAUGGUACUUCGUGACUCUUAGUUUGAUGUGCGGUGUAGGGAUGUCUUUAAGUACCUUCUGUGCCUACGAUUACCUCAUGAGUUAUUUUCAUAAACAGUUCAUCAGAGGAUCGGGAAUGAUGGCUUUAGCUUCGAGUUUAGGGUUGAUGGUAUUCGCCCCAAUGAUGGAGAGUCUUCUAGAAUCCAUCGGACUUGAGAACACCCUCCGCAUCUUCGCCGGUCUCUUCCUCUUCAUCAGCGUCUUUGCCUUCUCCUUCCGGCCCUCCCCCGCCGAGAGACGCCGAAUGUCCGUCAUCCAGCUCCCCAUCCCACCAGGCAGGGACAGACUGCCUUCGGACCCCGGGGACCUGAAGGUGUUUCAGCCCCUGGAAGUCUUCAAACCACCCGUCCACCAGAAGAAGACUUUUACGGAGUCCAUGAGUGUCUAUGCACAUCUACUCAAGUCGGCUGAUAUGUGGAUCUUGGGUCUCAUCAGUCUCAUCAUAUGCCUAGCAUCCACCUUCACUUAUCUCAACAUGGUAAGCUUUCUGAAAUCCAUCGGGUUGAGCGUGAAGACAAGUGCCUUUACGCUGAGCAUGAUGGGUGUCGGAGAGUUUGGGGGCACCGCCUUGUCCACUGUUCUCGGUGACCGCAUCCCCCUUCUAAAGGUGGAGAUAUUGGCCAUUGCUUCCCUGGUGGCUUCCGUCGCUACAGCCGGAUUAACCGUCGUGCACGUCUAUUCGGGAGUGCUAGUGGUCGUUAUAGUGAUUGGUUUUUGCCGCUCAUUGUACAACAUGUUGAUAUUUCCGUCCGUGAUCGAGACAAUGGGUAAGGGGAGGAAGCUAGAGGCCUGCUCUAUCUCGUCUGUCAUGUGUGGUAUCGGAUAUCUACCAGGCGGAAUCAUAGGAGGUGCCCUGUAUGAUGCCACUGGUGACUACACAGCUUCGUUGUGGGUGUGCGCAUCCCUGUAUUUCAUAUCGGUUCUACUGUUGGUAUGGUGUUCCUAUCGCUCUCGCCACUCAAAGAAACUGACAGACAAGAACAGCGCGAUGAUGAACAGCGACGGAAAGGUUGAUAGCUUUCAAGAGAGAGAUUACUGCAUAGUAGAAAACAUCAUAACUACGGUGUAAAGAAAGAGACCUGCGAAAAUGUGUACAACAAGAGCCAUGAGGCCUGGACUUCCUGCAUGCCCCAAAUCAUUGGGUGAAAGCUUGCAGUACUUCUAAAGACGAUGUGACCUGUGCAACUGAUAUUUACAAAUAAGCCA